AUGUCGACUUCAUACGAUCGGUAUACCUGGCAUCAAACGAGCCCAGAGAUCUGGCAACGGGAUGUCGACGAAAUUGAGCUAUUUUAUUAUUCCCUGGCAAAGAGAUUUGAAGGGAGCGGUAGAAUGUUCUUUGCCAUGACCGGGCACCUGUCGCUGAGUGUCGAGCUUCACGGCCAGACCUCCGACGUUGCGCGACAACGGAUCAAGGCUGCGCUGAAGCGCGGAUGGCAAGCGCUCCGUUAUGAGCAUCCGACCAUUGCCUCGCAAGUCUCACACAAUGUAACUACGGGCCACGCAGUCAAGACCUACCACCUCUGCAACAGCAGUGAGAAACUCGACUUGUGGCUGGGGGAGACGUUGGUCGAAAUCCCUGGUGGACAAACUGGUGAAGAAUGGGCAAACAGCGACCCCCCUGCACCAAAGUUACCAACCAUGUUUCUGUUGGAACUCACCGAUAAUACUUCCGAUUUCACUACAACACGAAUUGAUCUAGUGUUCCGAUCCCCCCAUGAGAUCGUUGACGGUAUCGGCACUCUUCACAUGUUCAACAACUUUACGAAACUCGUCGCCAAUGCAUACAAGGACGGAGACGCCUUCAAGCUCCCCAGCCUCGAUGGCACAGAAACCGAGAAUCUGAGCCCGCCGUUCCGGGUGGCGGCAAGAGUUCCCUUUGAAUUGACAGAUCGCCAACAAAAGCACUUGGCGGAGCAGAAUGCCCACAAGGCCGCAGCCGGCAAGGACGAAGGAGACAUUAGAGUCAUCGGGCUUCACUUCGACGAGCAAGGGCCCAAAGUCCCAGGCGUCCACCAACGUGUGGCUCUCGAUUUCUCCCAGUCAGAAACAAAGUUCAUCUUGACCGCCUGCAAAAAGCUCGGUGCUACCGUGACGCACGCAUUCCACGCCGCCAUUGCCUUGUCCGUCAGGGACCUCCAGGAGCGAACAGCUCAUGCGCAAAAAGUCCGUUACGUCAAUUAUAUUCUUCGAAACGAGCGCAAAAGCUGCGACCCCCCGUACAACAGCCCGAGCCAUGCUGUCUCUGUUUAUCAUUCCGUCUCGGGCCGCGCCUUGACGGUGGACAUGGUCGUCCCCGCCGCCACAAGCACCACUGGGCCGGCCGACACGGCCCAAGAGUUUCAUUCCGCGGUGAACAAGAUAAAGGCCUUUUACAAUGAAGUCCGAGAUGACGCUGACCACUACGUCUUGUGUCUGCCGAUCUGGGCCGCAGGCAUGUCGGAACUGCCGCAAAGCACUUCUCCGCCCCCGAUCCCGGCUCCAAACGCAAAGCCGACCGUGUCAAUUUCCAGCAUGGGAUCUGUCGACAACAUUAUUGAGCAGAGGCACGGGGACAUUGCAGUCCAUAAUCCCUGGGUGACUGGAGAGGAGCUCGGGACCGGUCUUGGCUUGUUCCUGGGCACCUUUGAAGGGAAAUUGUGUCUCAGUGCAGCCUACAAUGAUGCCUGGCAUUCCAAAUACGAGGUUCUGGAUUUCUUGCAACGUUGUACAUAUACGGUUCGUGCUGGACUUGGGGCUUACUGA